ACUAUAUGUACUUUUCCUAAAGUCACAACGUUUUUUCACGCAGGCAGCGACAUAAACCCAAAGUAUCGCGAUACCUCCUCGCGUCGACUGACUCCACUCAUGUCCCCGAGACGAGAUCUCGUCCGGCCGUGGAAACAAAGAUGGCGGCUUCCUGAGCGUCCAUGUGACUAUCUCCGCAGACAGAAGAAACUCUUUCACGUCUUUCUUCACGGUAACGGACCGAACUGGACUGAACUGGACCGAGCACCCGAGACUGUGACGCCGGACCAACCGAACCCAACAUGCAGUGCGACGAGGUCAUCUGGGACAUCAUCGGGAACAGACAGUUCUGCUCCUACAAAGUCAAGACGAAAAGUCAGAACUUCUGUCGUAAUGAAUUCAACAUCACAGGAUUGUGUAACCGCUCGUCGUGUCCACUGGCGAACAGUCAGUACGCCACCAUCCGAGAGGAGAAAGGUCAGUGUUUCCUCUACAUGAAAGUGAUCGAACGAGCUGCGUUUCCUGCCAAGAUGUGGGAGAAGGUGAAGCUAAGUAAGAACUAUGAGAAAGCUCUGGAACAGAUCGAUGAGAAUCUGAUUUACUGGCCUCGGUUCAUCAGACACAAGUGUAAACAGAGAUUCACCAAAGUCACUCAGUACCUGAUCCGCAUGCGCAAACUGGUCCUGAAGAGACAGAGGAAGCUGGUUCCUCUCAGCAGGAAGGUGGAGCAGCGGGAGAAGCGGAAAGAGGAGAAAGCUCUGAUUGCCGCUCAGCUGGACAACGCCAUCGAGAAGGAGCUGCUGGAGAGACUCAAGCAGGGAACGUACGGAGACAUCUAUAACUUCCCCGUCCACGCCUUCGACAAAGCUCUGGAAAAGCAGGAUGCAGAGAGCGAGUCAGAGGAAGAGUCAGAGGAGGAGGAAGACGACAAGGAUGUCGGGAAGCGGGAGUUCGUAGCAGAGGAGGAAGUGGAGGAGAGCGACCUGAGCGACUUCGAGGACAUGAACAAGCUGAAGACGAGCAGUGACGAGGAGGAAGAGGAGGAGGAGUCAAGUGAAGAGGAGGAGGAGAUGGAGACGGAGACGAAGGCCACCAGGUCUAAGGGCAAAUCUCCGGCUAACGGCGCAGCAGCGGCGAGGAAGAAGCGAGCGUACGUGGAGAUCGAGUACGAGCAGGAGACGGAGCCCGCCUCCAAGAGCAUGUCCACGUAGUGAUGUCAGCUGUCAAUCAAACUGAGCAAGAGACUCUGUCGAGGACGCUAUUGGUCGACGCUCACACAGGAAGUGACGCUCCGAGAGAAGUCAAGAGAAACGACCCCGAUUAUGAUAAAGACGAGUUUCCCCCCGAGAUUCAGUUAAUCCAAGAAUUAAUCCACGAACAAGAGAAGUGAAAUUGAAAUACAGCAAUAAUUAGUGAAUUUUUGAGUGAAUCUUGUGUCUGUCACAGUCUCUCACUCGGUUCUGUGGGUUCUCCAGACGUCGGUGAAAGAGUCCGGUUCUGUCUCGACACAAACCUUCAUUUACACACUUCAACGAAAAUACUGCUUAAAAUCGUUUGGUGUUUCAGAAACUGGAUUCAGAGGUUUUUGAGUGAAUAGAUGAAAACAGGAUCUGAUCUGAUGAAUCGCCCACAGUGACUUUAACCUUGUACGUUGAAAUGUUCUUUUGUUUCUAUGUUGUUUUAAAUGUUUGACGAACAACUCGUCGGCACAAAGGAAGAUGACAAACGAGUAAAUCCAUUUACUUUACACGUUCCUCAAAAUAAAAUGCAUAUAAAAGUA